AUGUAUUUUGGGCACCCCUGUGCAGGAUCACCGAUCCCGUCAGCGCAAGAGGCCGGCGAAGGGUAUGCCGAUGAGUGCCAGGACCUUUCGCGCGCCGAUCCCACGAAGGUCAACCUGGCCACAGCUACGGUGGAUGGGGCGGAGGUGGCGACGACGACCACAACCACAACCUUGGCUGUGUCUGUCGAAGAUGCAGCGAAGAAGGGCGACGUGGUGGCCCUCGCCGAGCACCUCCAGGCCCCGUGGUCUCAGCUGCUGCUCUCCGGCUUCGCCAGUACGUGGAUGCAAGGAACCAGCAACAGUAGCGUGGCUCUGACUGCUACCGUGGGCCCUCUUGAGGUUACGGUUCGGGGUCCUUUAGGUGAGGCAACCAGGUUGCUUCAGCACCUUCAGCUCUUCGAUUCGGGAGCCUCUUCCCCUCCUGCUGUGCCUGCUUCGGCCUCGAGCUCGUGUGCUCGGCCUCGCCUGGAUUUGUCCUUUAGCCCCUUGCGGCCUUCCUCGUCUCCUCCUAGCCCUUCCAGCCGCCAGGUCCCUGCCUCUCAGGUUCCCUUGCAGGGCCGUAGUGCCCCCGUGCCUCAGCGUUCCCGCCGAGACGUCGAGCGUGACUUCCCUGAGUGCCCUCCUGCUUGGCUUUCUCAGGCUUCCUCGCUGGGGACCGCGAACCUGACCCCGAGGUCUCGGAUCCUCCGUGCGUGGCGCGCGGGCUGCUGGGCCCGCAGAGUGCUUGCUGGCGAAUACGCCGCCCCUUUGCCGUCGGAGCCUUUGCAACUUGCUUCUCGCUUCUACCCUGUCGUUGGGGGUGGCUCUACCCAGCCUGCCCUAUACACUUCUUACCGGGCUUUUGCGGCCGCUCUGGGCCCCUUGACCAGCUCCCCAUCUGUCUCGCACGCGUUCCCGUCGGAGCUCGAAUCUAAGGUCUACGUGGACGCGGCCGGCCUUGCCUGGCCCCUCCCACGGCAGCACUUUGGAGUGUCUCGCUGUGAUCCUUGCCAAACGUCCCAAUGGGCACCAGUAGCCUUGCCUCAGGGAGCCAUCGCUCAGGAAGAGCUGCUUGCAGGGCAUUUGGCCCACAUGGACGAUGUCAUCGGUCCCUCCUUCUCCGUGGAGGCACCGGCCUUGGAGUUUUCGGGCUCAACUUUUGCGCCCCUUGCCGACUGCAGCCUCCCUGCUAUGCUGGUAGACUUUUCUGCACCGGAGCUGUUGAUAGCCUUCGAUAUUUCCCGACCGGAUGCUAUCCCAGACCCCGCUGUCAUGCUGCAACUGGCCCUGGACUGGGCUCAGGGAGAGGGCUCGGGCGAACGUGUGCAAUACUACUCGGUCGAGGAAGCACCGCCAGAGGCAGCUACUCGAAAGAGGGCCGUUUUGCAUGUGACCAGGGAGGACGCCGCCCAGGCUCGGGUCACAACCGCAACCUUAGCGAGCCAGAUUCAGACCUUCACCGACUCCUUGCCUGCCCUGGUGAAGUCGGUGGAGGAUGUGGCUGCCAUGGAGAAGCAGCUGUCAGCGGGGCCAACAGCCCCACUCAGUGGUGCACUCGGCCUGGGUGACAGACCGAAGCAAGGAGGCCAGGCUCUGAGCUUGCUGGGCCCACCCCCUCGGACGGGCCGUGCUCAUCAUGCUGCACCUUCCUUGACUGUGGAGCCGGGCCCCAGCUUGGCGGAGGCCGAGGCCAACGAGGCAGAGGCCGAUUUUGGAUCGGGGCAGCCCAGGCCGGAUGCUUUAUCACAAGCGGUUCUGGAGCAGUCAAAGGCACUGACCACAUUGGUCGCGAUGCAAGAAGAACUUGCAGCCGGGCGGGGCUCCUUCUUUGCCUCUGUCCUCCAGAACAUGGCCCGACGGUACUGGGAACGCUUCGGAGGCUUUGCUCUGGGAGCAAUAGCACGCGUUGCCCAAAUCCUCGACUGCAUGCAGGCGGGAAGGACCGAGCAGGCCUCAGAUCAUGCCGCGCUGCUUGCUGUGUGUUUAGAGCAAAUGUCAAUGGACGCCGGACGGUCCGAGCUUGGCUUUCAGCUCACGUGGCUGGAGGAUCCCCCGAGCGCAAUGUUUGCUGCCCGAAGCAACCGCACGAGCCUGCAUACCCGGGCCUUUGCGCCCCUGGCGUCGCAACGGAAAGGCCAGCCGACCGCGCCAACCGGCGCCAACCAGGACGAGGGCGAGGCUGCCAACAUCAGCUCGGCCGGCCGGAAAGUUGGCACCUGGGGCCCCUGCUUUGGCACACGGGUGACUUUUCGUGAGUGGGCAGCCGCCCUCCCUCGGCCUUUGCUGGGACCUUUGCCCAAUGUGGUUCUGGACUCUCAAGCUUUGGGUCUGCUCUUUCUCCUUCUGCUGGGGCGUGCUGCUGAUCCUUCGUGCUCCUCUCUGCCCCACGGAUUGCUCUGGCUGCCCUUUGUUGAGCCGGGCUGCCUGCUUCAUGGGAGGGACAUCAGCCACCUUGACUUGCCAGACUUCAGCCUAGAAGACCGGGAGGAAAACUUAAAGCUGGCAAAGCUCUGGUCGACUCGCGGCCAGCUGGGCAUCCUUCCUGGUCCGCCUCCUUGCAGCAUGCGCUGUAGGGUCUUUAACUCCUUUAAGGACCUGACACGGGAUAGACAGAUCGGCGACCGCCGUCUCCCGAAUGCCAGCGAGCGACACCUCACAGGACCUAGCUGCAGGUUGCCACCUGGCUUCCUCUUGACUGCCCUUGAGGUCCCUCGCUUUCGGUGCGCAGUGACCGGCUACUGCUCAGAUAGGAAGGAUUUCUACCACCAGUUUGGGAUUACUGAAGAACGGGCUGCUACGAACGCCCUUGCCUUCGAUUACCCAUGGGCCGAAGUCCCUGAGCCCAGCCGGUUGUUGAAGCCUCGCGCCCUGUUGUGUGAUCCUACCCGGCCACUCUGCACGUGGACUCCCUGCUUCCUCUCACUCUUCCAAGGAGUGGAGUUCGCCUUGGCUGCUCAUGAGGCUUUACUUGAGAGUUGUGGGGCUUUGCCUGGAGGUAGCAGGUUGCUAAACCGGGCCGCCUUUCCGCUGGGGGACACUGUGCAAGCUCUGGUCAUAGAUGACCUCGUGUCUUUGAGCGUCCUCCCUGCUUCUGCCCCGUCGGCUGGGCCCUCUCGUGCCAGAGACCUCCAGGCAAAGGCAGACCAGGCUUACACUCGGCAUGGUGUGCAGGGGUCUCCUGAGAAGGAUGUUAUCGGUGCCUCGCCUCUUCAAGGCCAUUGGCACCGAGAUCGACUCGCGGAACUGGUGCUUUCCUCUGUCCUUUCUCCCUUCGCUGCCGCCGACCUGACCGCAGAGCAGUCGCCAUGCAUCUAUGCCACUGAUGCCUCCCUGGCCAGAGGGGCCAUCUGCAGCUGUACCGUUGAUGGGCCUGUUGCCCGCAGCCUUUGGCAGAACGGCGACCGCCGAGGGGCCUACACUAGGCUUGAGGAGGGCCCUGCUGCGUUGCUGAAAGCAGCCGGUGUCCAACCUGAGGAUGAGGAUCUAGGAGAUGGGUUGGCUGCUGUCGGUCGCUACUUGGGGGGCCGGGUCGCUGGGGCCGCCGGUGUCCCCACCAUCCUGUCGAGCUUUGGAAGCUGCCCUCAGCCAUUGACCCCUGCCCUCACCAGACUCGCCGCUGGGCCUCGUGCUGAGCUCAUGCACCUUGACCGUCGCCUCCUGGGUGAUAGCUUGCCUGGCACCGUGUUUUGCCUCGGCCUGGGUUGCGACAUCAGCCUUCUUGCCGCCUUUGCUGCGACCGCCAGUCAGCCGCCCGGUGCUGUCUUGCCUUUGGACCCUGCCUGUGGUGAAGUGCUCGGUGCUGAGCUUCGGCGCUGUUUCAGCCGGACCCUCCUCACACGGUGCUGCUCCGCGCCCCGGCCAGGGAUAGAGUCUAUUUGCGUCAAUGACCUCCUUGCUAGCGGCAGGUGGGAGGUAGAGGCAGUACUGCCUUGGCGAGGAAAUUCCCACAUCAAUGUGCUCGAGCUUGCCUCUGUCGUCGCUCUUCACCGGCGCCUCGCCAUUAAGUCAGCUGACUCUCGGGUCGUCAUCCUAGUCGAUUCUCAGGUCGACCUCACUUGCUUUGGGCUACGCUACGCCCUCAAGAGGUCCACGAGCCUGCAAGUUGCCUUCGGCCUCUACUUUUCCUACGGCUUCGCCCCUACCAGGCUGAACAUAGCUGAUGAUCCGACGCGCUUCGCACCUUUGCGCGCCCCUGCCGGUGGCAAGCUUCACGAGGCAUUGUCUCUCGGGGCUUGGCAUGCUCUUUCCGCCUCUCGCCUUCGGCGGCCCCUGGCCUCUUGGGUUCGCCUUUUCCUCGUUGUUGCUGCCGCUGCCCAUUUCCCUUUGGACUUCGACAGCACUCUUGGGUAUCCUGGUGAGGGCCCCGAGCUGCCCUUCAUGCUUCUUUCUCCUUCCAGCCCCAUGGGUUACUUUUCUCCUCUCCCGUGUGCAGGCUCCCACUCCUUUGGACUUGUGGUCGAGCCACCCCUUUCCUUUGCACCUCUUUCGUGUGCUGGCUCCUGCCUUUGGCUUGCAGUUGAGCCCUUUCUCCUUUUGCCGUGGACUUUAGCGCUGCUUCAUUUCCCGUUGGACUUCGAUUCCACUCUUGGCUUCCCUGGUGAGGGCUGGGCUUCCCUUAAGUUCGUAGUCGUAGGCGUAGCCGUAGCCAUUGCGACCAUAGCACCAUCGACUCCUGCUGAGCUGGACCGCGCACGGCGUCGUGAGCCCAUUCUGCUGAUCGCCGACCGCGUCGUCAGACCAGUCACGAGGAGCAACCGCGCAAAGCUGAUCGCUGCUUUUGAGAGUUGGCUUCUGGAACAUCAGGGCAUCACUCUUGAGGCAGCCUUCCUCUCAGAGAAUGCUGCUGAACGCGUUGCUGGUCUACUGGUAGCUUACGGCCAGGCUCUUUUCCGGGCGGGGCAGCCUUAUUAUAAGUACAGCGAGACGAUCAAUGGCGAACCCCACUGCCACCACAAGGCGAUGCCCGUGGGCAUCCUUUUGGCUCUGAUGGCUGCCGCCUUGGCCUGGGGCUACUCCGCCCUGGGGAAAUCCUUGCUGCUAGGAGACGAGGGGCAUCAGAGUGCCCGGGUGGACCCUUCUGACAUCAUCCACCUUGCUGAUGUUAUAUUGGGGCCACUGCCGCCCUCGACGAUGCUUUGGAGGCAAUCUGCUGCGACAUUCAGGCGCCGCCUUGAACAGCUACAGGAAAGGGUCGGACUGGUCAGCGAUGGAAAAGCUGUCUUCGACCUGAGCUCUUUCCGCCCAGGGGGCGCCACCUGGAUGCUGGGCUUAACGGAGAACUCUGAACUGGUUCGUCGCAGGGGACGUUGGUUGUCCUUACGGGUUAUGGAUAUAUAUUUGCAAGAGGUUGUUGCGAUCACCUUCCUGCCGGCCUUGCCGGCUGAGGUUCGAGCUCGCGUCGAGGCCCUGGCAGGUGACUUCACCGAGAUCCUCCGCCGAGUCACUUUCUUCGAGCAGAACAGUAUCCCCCGGAGCGCGUGGUACUACCUGCUCCAGGGCCCCCGACCUUCUUCUUGA